AGCAGUCCCCAGGAAGGGAGGGCCGGCCGCGGCCUCCGCCCGAGCCCUGGCAAAGAGACCCGGAGCGAGCGGGGCUUGUGGGGAGGGCCCCUGGCCUGGUCCCCUUGGGGUUGAGCGAGAGCGCCCUCUGGCGACGACCUCCGCGGCGGCGGGGAAAGGAAGCGUUGACCGCCGCAAGAUGAACCCCAAAUACGCCCUGCUCGGGGUGCUGUACUUCGUCCAAGGCAUCCCCUACGGGCUGCAGUCCGGGCUGCUGCCCAUCUAUUUCCGCACGGUGGGCCUCUCCUUGACCAAGAUCAGCCUGACCAAGAUGCUCUACGUGCCCUGGAUCCUCAAGGUCUUGUGGGCCCCCCUGGUGGACCAGUACUUCACCAAGAAGGCCUGGCUGGUGCUGAGCUUGGGGGGUUUGGCGCUGGCCUGCCUGGCUUGCUCCACAAUGACCCCCGAGACACAGUUCCUCCCUGUGGCUGCCACCCUCCUCUUCAUGAAUUUCUGCGCCUCCCUCCAAGACGUCGCGGUGGACGGGGUGGCCGUCUGGCUCCUGCGGCAGGAUGAGGUUGGCUACAGCAACACCAUUCAGGUGGUGGCCUACAAGCUGGGCUCGGUAGUGGCCGGAGGGGGCCUCCUCACUGUCCUCCACCGCUUGGGAUGGGGGCUGCUCUUCUGGUCCUUGGCUGCAGUCUACCUGCUGGCCAUCCUGUACACCUGGCGCGUGGAUCUGAGGCUACAGGGCCGUUUGCAGGAGAGCCAAGCGAAGAGCCGCAGCUUCCACCCCUGGCAGAUCCUGCGAGGGCUGCUUCGGGUCCCAGGGACCUUGUGGACUGCCGGCUUCGUGCUCAUCUAUAAGCUGGGUGAUCAAGGGGCCACUUCCAUGUUUCCGCUCUUCCUUUUGGACCGUGACUUCUCUCCUCAGAAGCUCGGCUUCUGGAACGGGAUUGUAGCCAUGGUCUUCUCCAUCUCUGGCUCCUCGCUGGGAGGCUACCUGACGUCGAAGCAGAGGCACCCGCUGGCUCUGCUCAAGGUCCUGUUGGUGCUGCGCAUCUGUGGGCUGCUCUUCCAGACACUCCUGACAGCCGUCUACAAAGACAAAGCCACCAUCUUUGAAGUGGCCGCAGUAUUGAGCAUCUGCAGCCAUCACUUUGUUUCUGGGAUGGUGACCACUCUGACGUUCAGCAUAAUGAUGCAUUGCACCCAGACGGCGGACGAGAGCAUACAGGCCACCCACUACAGCUUCCUGGCCACGCUGGAAGUGUUGGGCAAGCUGCUCUUCAGCACCCUGGUGGGGAGCCUGGUGGACUGGCUGGGCUUCGUCCCCUCCUUCUGCGUCUUCCUCUGCCUCUCCUCCACGUCAGUCUUGUAUGCGCUGCAAGCACCCCCGGCCGGAGGUUGACCACGCGAGAGCCGCCCACCCGCCCGCCACCGUCGCCAUCAGCUGCGCACACCCGUGAGAGAGGAGGAGAGCGCCGUGGCCCGGCUCAAGGGCCCUGCGGAAGCCCCGCCUGGGGCAGAGGUCGGGACUCCUGCUCAGGCUAGGAAGCCAUUCUGGCCGUGGGGGCCUUUAGGGACCCUUUCCAAAACAGAAGCAGGAGGAUAAUAAAUCCGUGAUGUGCCACACUGCCCGUGUCAGCCAGACAGCCACCGUGACUGCCAAUAAAAUGCCUGUGCCUUGAA